UUUUGAUUUUUAGCUUUAUCAUGCAUUUUCGCUUUGGACCGGAAUUCUCUUGUUCUUCCAUCUCAUUCAAGUGUGAGCUUGCCCUGAUCGAACAUAAAUCCAUCCGAGAAAUCUAGAAAUCUUCUGGUCUGCAUAUUAAAUACCAUGGAUCACCACGGAGAGGAAGAAGAUCCCAAGGAAUAUCGCUGGGAGACUGGCUAUGAGAAAACAUGGGAAGCCAUUAAGGAGGACGAUGACGGCCUGCUGGAUGGUGCCAUUGCGGACAUUAUUCAAAAGGCCAAACGAAAGAGGCAGGCCCAAAAAACUAUGCAAAAUAAACUCGGCAUGAUGAGACAUCUGUACUUAAUGUUGGACUGUUCGGAAUCUAUGUCCGUGCCCGAUCUUAAACCCACCAGACUUUUGUGUACCCUUAAGUUAUUGGAAAAAUUUAUUGAGGAAUUUUUUGAUCAAAAUCCAAUCAGUCAAAUGGGAUUGAUUGUGCUUAAAGGUAAACGUGCUGAAAAGGUCACGGAAUUGACGGGAACUGCCAAAUUACAUUUGAAGGCCUUGGAUGGAUUACACAAGAUAAACCUUGUUGGGGAGCCUUCCUUACAAAACGGUCUUGAUUUGGCUUUGAAGACACUGAAGGUUGUGCCAUCGCAUGCCUCUAGGGAAGUUCUAAUUAUUAUGGGAUCCCUGACCACUUGUGACCCGAUUGAUAUCAACAUAACAAUUGAUGCCCUGAAGCAGGAGAGCAUACGCUGUUCGGUCAUUUCCUUGUCUGCUGAAAUUCAUGUCUGCCGUCAUUUAACACAACAAACUGGUGGUACAUAUGGAGCUGUUUUAGAUGAUUCUCAUUAUCGCGAUCAAUUGCUUUCCCAUGUUGAUCCACCACCGGCAGCCCAGACUCAAGAAAACUCUCUAAUUAAAAUGGGAUUUCCCCAUGCAAGGCAGGAUGAGGGCAAGGAAAAGGAUCCACCUUUGUCGAUGUGUAUGUGCCACAUUGAAAACGCUGACGAACCUAGCAAAAUUACAUCUGCCGGUUUCCAUUGUCCACAAUGUCAUAGUAAAUACUGUGAAUUGCCCGUGGAAUGUCAAACCUGUGGCCUAACUUUGGUUUCUGCUCCCCAUUUGGCUCGAUCCUAUCAUCAUUUGUUUCCCGUACAAAACUUCACGGAACUCGUUUACAAUGGCCAGGCAGCAAUUUGUUAUGCCUGCCAGAAACCUUUGACCGAAGCUACCGAUAAAAAUGUAUACCGUUGUGAGGCUUGCUCUCAGAUCUUUUGCCUUGAUUGUGAUAUUUUUAUACAUGAAACAUUGCACACGUGUGUAGGAUGUGUUACGAUACCAGGUGCAGCGGCUCAAGUGCAUGCCCGUAAGCCACAGGCACCACCCAUGGGUAUGUUGUUGGGAUCCUCUUUGGGUCAAAGGUUUUAGUUGAUGACAUGAACGUUGAAAUAAAAAAUAAACAUUUCCAAAAUGAA